AUGAGCAGCUCGGGCCUGCGCUUCUACCGCGAAGUCCGUCGCGCGCUCCGGAAACUCCCGCCGAACGCGCAAGACUACUACGCCGUCGUCGCGCGGGAGAAGUUCGUCGCGCACAGGGACGAGGACGACGCCGCGCGCGUGGAGCUGAUCGUGAGGAAAUCUCGCGAGGAUCUGCGCUGGGUGCUGCGCAAGUACUCCUCCUCCUCCGACGGCGGCGACGGCGACGGCGCGGCCGGGAAGCCAGACCGCCCGAAGCUCGCGUAA